AUUGCGAGUACUGCAAUGAUAAUGGGAAUCACGCCAGCCGGGUUGCGGGCAGUCGUGACCAUAACCAUGUCUGGUGAGCAGCCAAAGGUGAAAUACUCCGACCCAAAGAGGCAACUGAGGCCGACCCAAGUGGAUUUUAUGCGAUUGAUUGAGCAGCAGAACCUCGAGAGAGUGCAGAAGUUGAAAAAGACACGCAAGAACAACCUCAUCACGGCACUGAGUCUCGGAGGCACGUGCAUUGCCAUCUACGCCUAUUCCAUGCUCGCUGUGAAGCAGGAGAAGUUCCUGGACGAUUUCGAGGAGCCAGCGAAGGUGCUGAAGGAGAACUAG